AUGACGUCACCAUCUGAAGACGCAUAUCGCUGUCAGCUGACUGGAAUGGGACGGGACUAUCGUGGAUCCUCUGGGGAGCCUCAACAACAUCAUGAAGCUGCUGAGGCAGAGAAGAGUCUCUACACAUCAGAACGUCUCAAAAAACACAGACUCACAGGGAAGAAACCUCACCGCUGCUCUGACUGUGGGAAGAGUUACUCAAGAUCAGAUUCACUACAACUUCACCUGAGAAUUCACACAGGAGGGAAUUCUCACCGCUGCUCUGACUGUGGGAAGAGAUUCACCUCUUCAGCAGACCUUAAAAAACAUUUGAGAAUCCAUACAGGAGAGAAACCUUAUAGCUGUGAUCAAUGUGGGAAGAGUUUUACUCGUACAAGUAAUCUGAAAGCACACCAGAGAAUACACACCGCAGAGAAACCCUAUAGCUGUGAUCAAUGUGGGAAGAGUUUUACUCAGUCAAGUAAUCUGAAAGCACACCAGAGAAUACACACCGCAGAGAAACCCUAUAGCUGUGAUCAAUGUGGGAAGAAUUCACAAAAAAUACACCAGAGAAUACAAACUGGAGAGAAAUCUUACAGACCUUAUAACUGUUAUCAGUGUGGGAAGAGUUUUACUUCAUCUAGCCAUCUGACUGUACACCAGAGAACACACACAGGAGAGAAACCUUAUAGCUGUUAUCAGUGUGGGAAGAAUUUUACAACAUCUUGCCAUCUGACCGCACACCAGAGAAUACACACAGGAGAGAAACCUUACCACUGCUCUGACUGUGGAAAGAGUUUUGUUGUCCCAGGAAAUUUAACAUCACACCAGAGAACACACACAGGAGAGAAGCCUUAUAGCUGCAAUCAAUGUGGGAAGAAUUUUUCUCACUCAAGCAACCUGAUAGCACACCUGAGAAUACACACUGGAGAGAAACCUCAUUGCUGCUCUGACUGUGGGAAAAGAUUCAUCUUUUUAGCAAGUCUUAAAACACAUCAGAGAAUCCAUACAGGAGAAAAACCUUACCACUGCUCUGACUGUGGAAAGAGUUUUGUUUCAUCAAGACAGUUAAAAGCACACCAGAGAACACACACAGGAGAGAAGCCUUAUAGCUGUGAUCAAUGUGGGAAGAGUUUUGGUCAAUCUGGCAGCCUGAAAACACACCAGAGAACACACACAGGAGAGAAACCUUAUAGCUGUGAUCAUUGUGAGAAGAGUUUUCCUACAUAUGGCAGCCUGAAAACACACCAGAGAACACACACAGGAGAGAAACCUUAUAGCUGUGAUCAUUGUGAGAAGAGUUUUCCUACAAAUGGCAGCCUGAAAAAACACCAGAGAACACACACAGGAGAGAAACCUUUUAGCUGUGAUCAAUGUGGCAAGAGA